UAAAGGUCAAAAUUGACCACGCCUGUGGUGGUAACUGGUAACUGAUAACUUGGUAAGCAGCAGCAGCAGUAGAAGUGGAGAAUUAUAUGGUAGAGGCGGUGAGUGGCAGAGCGAGUCAGUGGCCGAUUUAACACGGCAAGAUUCCAUCAUCGUUUCGAGUAAGAUUAUUUGUGAAUUUUGGAUAAGCGAUGGAAGAGAAGAGGCAGAUCCAUCAGCUUCUUCUUCUGCUUGUAGGAAUAUUGAUUGGUUGCGUUUCCUUAGAGAUCCACGCUUCCGGUUCCGAUAACGUGAUAUUUUACGAGCCAUUUGACGAGCCUUUUGAUGGGAGCUGGAUUGUCUCUGAGAAAGACGAAUAUCAAGGUGUAUGGAAACUCUCAAAAAGUGAGGGACAUGAUGAUCAUGGACUCCUUAUUAGUGAGAAGGCUAGAAAAUAUGCCAUUGUUAAAGAGCUCAAUAAGAUAUUGAGUCUCAGGGAUGGAACCAUUAUUCUACAGUUUGAGGUGCGGCUACAAAAUGGGCUAGAAUGUGGUGGUGCGUAUUUGAAAUAUCUCCAACAGCAAGAGGAUGGAUGGAAACCUGAGGGAUUUGAUAAUGAGUCUCCAUACUCUAUAAUGUUUGGACCUGACAAGUGUGGCUCCACCAACAAGGUUCACUUCAUUCUUAAGCAUAAGAAUCCCAAGAAUGGGGCAUUUGUGGAGCACCAUCUCAGGUAUCCUCCUUCUGUGCCAUCUGACAAGCUUACCCAUGUAUAUACCGCAAUAUUGAAACCGGAUAAUGGAUUACAAAUUCUAAUAGACGGUGAGGAGAAAAAGAAGGCUAAUUUCCUUUCAGCCGAAGAUUUUGAGCCAGCAUUAAUUCCGCCCAAGACAAUUCCAGAUCCGGAUGAUAAGAAGCCAGAUGACUGGGAUGAGCGUGAAAAGAUUCCAGAUCCAAGUGCAGUGAAACCAGAUGAUUGGGACGAGGAUGCACCCAUAGAAAUUGAAGAUGUGGAUGCAGUGAAACCGAAAGGGUGGUUGGAUGAUGAGCCAGAGGAGAUAGAUGAUCCUGAUGCUUCAAAGCCUGAAGACUGGGAUGAUGAGGAGGAUGGUGAAUGGGAGCCACCUAAAAUUGACAAUCCAAAGUGUGCAUUGGCCCCUGGUUGUGGUCAGUGGAAGAGGCCAAUGAAGAGGAAUCCUGCUUAUAAAGGAAAAUGGCAUGCUCCUCAAAUUGAUAACCCUAAUUAUAAGGGCAUAUGGAAGCCCCAACAGAUCCCAAACCCUGCUUACUUCGAACUUGAGAAACCUAAUUUUGAGCCCAUUACUGCAAUUGGUAUUGAGAUUUGGACAAUGCAGGAUAACAUAUUGUUUGACAAUAUUCUGAUAGCUACAGACGAGAAGGUUGCAAGCAAAUACAGGGAAAGAACAUGGAAACCGAAGUUUGAAGUUGAGAAAAAGGCUGCUGGAGGAGGCCUCUCUAGCUUACAGAAUAAGGUGUUUGAUCUUCUGUACAAGAUAGGGGAUAUUCCAUUCUUAGUUGCAUACAAACCUAAAAUUAUUGAUAUCGUUGACCAGGCGGAAAAACAACCUAAUAUAACUAUUGGCAUUCUUGUUUCCAUUGCGGUUAUUGUCUUGACAGCAUUCUUCAGAAUACUAUUUGGAGGCAAAAAAACCGUGGUUAAUGCCACUGAAGCAAGGAGCAAUACUACGGAGGCUUCAAACAGCCCAGGAAGCAGUGGAGAGAAGGAAGGUAAAAAUGAGAAGGAAGAUUCUGCUGCCCCUCCUCCUAGGAGGCCUACCAGAAGGGAAAAUUGAACUAGGUAGAAAAAUUGCUACUGGUUAUUUUUGCAACAAAAUUUUGAACAGUUAGGGACUGGCACAACUAAACUUUUAUUAAAAGUCUUGCCGCAUAAAUUUCCUCGUUUGCUUCUUUUGGGAUUAUUUGUGAAUAUAUAUACAAUUCUUUAUUGGCUGGCUACCUGUAGUGCUUACUGGUAUUUGUUCUAUAUUUCCAUUUGACUUUUCUUCUA